ACCAUUACCUUGUCUAUUAUUCUACAAAUAUCCUUCCUUAUUUACACAUUAUUACUACACAGCCAUCAACUUAGAAUCAACUGUCGUCCCCUCUUUCCUCUAUCAAGUGGACUGACCGCUUUGCUAUAAUUAGCAAUCCAAUUUCAUGCACCUAAUCAACAACUAAACUACCCCCGUUUUCCAUUCGACAAUCCUUGUGGCGGCACAAUAAUAUCCAAUAAUCAUCAUAAUAAUCCAUCUCUCCAACUGCGCCCUCUUUUCUGGCUUCUGCUUGAAAAAAAAAGAAAACAUAUCAAGGAUUUGUUUCGUUUUAUCAUCCUUUCUUCUUCUUUUUAGUCUGCUUGUCUUUUGAUAUUUUCUAGUUUUGGCCUCCACUCUGCCCAGACAGAGCGCGCUGUUUGCAUUUCUCGCAAGGCUACGACUGCGCUGGUCGUGUCAGCUGUUCAUUUCUUCGUGUAUAUCACGUCUCUCUUUUUUUUUCCCCUGGUUUCUUGUCAGCUUGGAUAAAAGGUGGAAAGAAGGGGCUUCGAGAUUUGGGAUCUGCACAACGACAGAAUAGACGGCGUGUGAGAGCGCUUCAUUGCGACUAGUCAUUCACUGCAUGGUGACAUUCUGUGGACGGUUCGAUAUGCAAUUCGCGAUUGAAGUGGAGGAUCCUUAUUAGCAUCGUCGUUCUACUCCUUUUUAUUCCCGGGCGAUUCGAAUCGCAAGUCACCACUAUGGCGACAGCAACGACUACCUCGCCCCAGCUCAACGCUACCGGCAGUCGUGCUGUGAAUCCUGCCCUUCCCCCCGUUGCUACCGAUACACCUUCUAGACUCCCACCUAUGCGACGCAUAUCAUCCAGCGCCAGAGAACGUUUAUCGGUCUACUCGAACGUAUCACAAACCUCUCAACAUCGAUCGCGGCCCGUUUCGCAUGUCUUCCCGCUCUUCCAUUCAAGCCUGCCGUAUACCUUAGUGCGCGACUUCGCCUAUCCGCCUAUACAUCCUUUACACUACGGUCCAUUACCAGUUCCCUCGCGAGCCUCUACUCCUGCCAGCGAGAGCAGACGUUUAUCUGAUCCACAGAUCGGGUUGUGGGAACCGUCGCGCCAUUCAUGGUCUUCGAAUAGCGGAGCAUCUGAUUCGCAUGGGCAACAACUACCCGCCGUAUCGUUUGGUGAUGGACCGCCGUAUAGUGAAGAUGAGGAUUUGCACAGUCCUAUCAUCACAUCACGCUAUCGCAAGCACAAGUCCGUACAUACGUUUGGAGACACAGGGAGAGGUUUUGGCGAUAGUGGCCGUGCGGGUGGUGUAUUGAAUAGUCAGAGUGACCGUGGCACCCUGGUAGCUGUCAACGGCGACGGCAGUGAGACUUAUUAUGUUCAAGGCGAUCAGGAUGCAAGCGAUGGUCCUGGGGGUGAAUACAUAACAUACCCGGCCGGCGAAAGCAGCUAUUCCCAAUACGCCUACGGGAACUACGGUGGGACCGGAGUUGGUGCCGGCGGAGAAGGUACACAAGGAUCAGGCCAUGAUGGUGGGGAUUAUGUAUAUGAGGAUGAUUAUUCAGACAGAUAUUCGCGGGACUAUCACUUUUCUAUUGGGUCACCGGACGAGGAAAUGCAUGGCAAAGCGGUUGCGCUAUUUGACUUUACGCGCGAGCAUGAGAAUGAACUCCCCUUGAAAGAAGGGCAAGUGAUUUUGGUAUCUUACAGACAUGGUCAAGGCUGGCUUGUUGCAGAGGAUCCAAGGACGGGAGAAUCCGGGCUGGUGCCGGAGGAAUUCGUACGAUUGGUGCGUGAUAUUGAAGGAGGUCUUAGCUCUUUGAAUGGAGCAUUGUCGUCUGGUCCAAACGAAGCACAGUCAAACAAUACGAUAACGACAGGGAGUUCGAAUACGGCAGGAGAAACAACACCAACGAAUGGAAAUAAUCAAGGCGAAAUAUUGGAAGAGCGGACAGAAGAGAAAAGCUCUUAAUCAGAUAGAGAAUGAGAGUACGAUUGAUGAGUUUGGAUAUCUAUGCCGACAUGCUCAAGGUCUAUAUUUA